AUGGUCAGCCCAAGCAAAAUUAUCACUUCUCUCCUCGCAUUUGGUCUUGUUGACCGAUGUCGUGCGGAACAUGCACGAGCAAAUGAGACAGUGAACUAUGUUCCGGUCACUGAGGAAUGGGCUGGUGAAGGUUCUGAUCUGACCGUAACCUUUGACCUCGUGAAUGCAAACUAUGUAGCGCUCUACAACGACACAAGUGCACUCAAGAGACGCACUGGCAUUACCACAACCGUGGCUGCCGCAACCGUCAUCAGCGCCGCGACAAACACCAUCAUCGCCGCUGCGUCUGCGCUUACAAUCUACGAAUUCUUCGCUGAUGUGAUCAAGUCAAAGUCCAACUCAAACUCCUGCACCAUGACCUAUGGAACUGACUCGGACGGAACCUAUUUCGAAGGUUAUGCCUACGAAGCGACAACAAGCGGCUCCAACUGUGACACAACAGCCGAGAAGAAGACUAUUCUUGCAGCUGUGGAGAAAUGUGCAAACCGUCUGCACACGUAUGGCGCCGUACGCGGUUGCUGCACUUUCUCUCACGGUGGCACUUGGACAGGCCAUUUGCGCCUGACGGCGGAGCCCCUCAAAUACCCAGCAACAUACGUUACUUGCUGA